GCUUACAGGCAACUCAGGAUAAAUAGCCCAGGAGGAGCUACUUCUCCUGACCCUCCUGUCCUCACCAUGGGGGGCUCUGCUCUCUGCCUGGUGGCCGUGUUUGCUUUCUACUUCCCGGCUGUUUCUCACAGCCAACUCUACUCCCUGAUCACGCCCAACGUCCUGCGGGUGGAGAGUGAAGAGAAGGUCGUGGUGGAAGCCCAUGGCCUCAAUGCCCCAGUUGCGGUUACAGUCAUCGUGCAGGACUUCCCGCUUAAGAAAAACAUCUUAUACCAGGUCCAAACCGACCUCAACCCUGCGAAUGGGAUGAUGGGCACAGCCGUAAUAAAGGUUCCCACCAAAGACAUAAAGAAAGAUUCCAAACGAAACCAGUAUGUUGUGGUCAAGGCUACGUUCCCUCAGCAAACCCUGGAGAAAGUGGUUCUGGUCCAUUUCCACAGUGGAUACAUCUUUAUCCAGACAGAUAAAACCAUCUAUACACCCGGGUCUACAGUCCUCUACCGGAUCUUCACUGUGGGUCACAAACUGGAACCAGUGUCUAAGACAGUGAUCGUGGAGUUUGAGACCCCUGAGUCCAUUAUUGUCAAGCAGAUUCCCAUCUCCGCCCCCUUGAAAUCAGGCAUCUUCUCCCUGAGCCACGGCUUACCGGACAUUAUCAGUCUGGGAACCUGGAAGAUCACGGCCAGGUAUGAAGACUCCCCUCAGCAGACCUUCAGUGCGCAAUUUGACGUUAAGGAGUACGUGUUGCCGAGUUUUGAAGUCAUAUUGGAACCGUCUGAGAAGUUUUUAUACAUCGAUGGCAAUGAAGACUUCAGGGUUUCUAUCACUGCGAGGUACCUAUAUGGGAAAAAACUUGAUGGCAAUGCCUUUGUCCUCUUUGGGGUGAAGGUGGAUGAUGAGAAGAGGAGUAUCCCGCAGUCUCUCAAGAGAAUCUCGAUAAAAGAUGGAGAUGGGGAAGCAACACUGACCAGAGAGAUGCUGCGGGCUCGGUUCGCCAACCUGAACGAACUGGUUGGCCACUCGCUCUACGUCUCUGUCACCGUUUUGACAAAAUCUGGCAGCGACAUGGUGGAAGCGGAGAGAACUGGAAUUAACAUUGUGACAUCUCCCUAUCAGAUCCACUUCACAAAAACACCCACGUACUUCAAGCCGGGGAUGCCAUUUGAACUCAUGGUCUAUGUCACAAACCCCGAUGGCUCCCCAGCGCCCCGUGUCCCAGUACAGGCUGAAGGAUUCCAGUCGGCUGGGUCGACCCAGAGAGAGGGAACUGCCAAGCUGAUAAUAAACAUGCCCGGGGAUAGGCAGCAGGUUCCCAUCACGGUAAAAACUGCCCAUCCCAACCUCCCAGCAAACCGCCAGGCCUCUAAGUCCAUGGUGGCUGAAGCCUAUCAGUCCCAAGGAGGGUCUCAAAACUAUCUCCAUCUGGCGGUGACGGCUUCUGAGCUCAAACCUGGAGACGACUUACCUGUGAAUUUCCAUCUGAAGAGCAACAAUCCAGCUGUUCUGAACCAGAUCCGGUAUUUCACCUACAUAGUAAGUGCUGCGUCCCUGG